ACUGUGUGAAACGGGCGGCGGGGAAACGAUGUGCGAGUGAAAAUCGCGGAAAAGUAGGUGGAAGACAGAGAAACCAAGCGUAAAUAAGGGAAGGUAGCCGAAAAAUCGAUUUUUUUAAUGCAGGAUGCUGACAUUUUAAAAGGAUUCUGAAAUUGUAGAGAAGAAACCCUUGAGAUGCCGGAGAACCUGGAGCUGCAGCAGUUUCAGGAGGGCGCCCCGCCUCCAGAUCCCGCCCCCCGUUGGCUGGAGCGCCUGCAGCACCGAUUGGGAGCCAAUUGUCCUUACUUGGGCAUCCUCCUGGCCACGCUCUCCUCGCUCUUCUUCUCGCUGUGCUCGGUGAUUGUCAAGGGCCUGGUGGAUGUGAAUCCCAUGGAGCUGGCCUCGUUUCGCUUCGUGGGCGUCCUGCUGCCGGCGCUUCCCAUCCUGAUCUACACCCGUCAGCCGGUAUUUCCGGAGGGCAAGCGGGUGAUCCUGCUGCUGCGCUGCUUCAUGGGCACCACGGGCCUAAUGCUCAGCUUCUACGCCUUCCGGCACAUGCCCUUGGCGGAUGCGAGUGUCAUUAUCUUCUCCACGCCCGUUUUCGUGGCCAUUUUUGCCAGGGCCUUCCUGAAGGAGCCGUGCACGCUGUUCAAUGUCCUGACCAUCAACAUGACAUUGGCGGGGGUAGUGCUGAUCACAAGGCCACCCUUUCUGUUUGGAGAUUCCGGAGAGAGUGAGGAUGUCUCUGACAAGACGUACGACAUCUGGGGACCCGUGGCCGCCAUUUCAUCCACACUGUUUGGCGCGAACGUAUACAUCCUGCUGCGAGCCCUCAAGAACCUGCACUUCUCCGUGAUCAUGACGAACUUCGGAACCGUUGCCCUGGUCUACACCCUGGUCGUGUGCGGAUCCAUUGGAGCGGUCUGCUGGCCCAGCUGCGGACGGGAUCGCUGGCUGGUCGUGGUCCUGGGCGUGUUCAGCUUCCUGGGCCAGAUCCUGCUCACUUUGUCCCUGCAGAUCGAGCAGGCCGGACCGGUGGCCAUCGCCCGAUGCGCCGACAUCGUGUUCGCCUUCGUCUGGCAGAUGCUCUUCUUCGGCGAGACGCCUACCGCCUACUCCCUGGUGGGUGCCGUCAUGGUGAUGGGAUCCGUGGUCCUGACGGCCCUCAAAAAGUGGGCCGGCACUCUGCCUCGCGAGUCCUCGCUGAGAAAGCGAUUCAAGCUCAUCCUAUUGGAAUAAAAGUUUCACAUCGGUUAAAGAAGUUUGCGGUUUCUCCCCCGUCUUGCCAUCGUUCUCA